AUGGGUGGCCUAAGGAAAAUAGAUCGACCAGGUUAUAAGACCCUUUUGAAAGGAAUUUCAGGGAAGUUCAGCAGUGGAGAACUUGUUGCGAUUAUGGGUCCUUCAGGCGCUGGGAAGUCAACGCUCAUGAACAUUCUGGCAGGAUACAGAGAGACAGGAAUGAAAGGAGAAAUUCUGAUCAAUGGACAGCCUCGUGACCUGCGUUCUUUUCGCAAAGUCUCCUGCUACAUCAUGCAAGAUGACAUGCUCCUUCCCCAUCUGACUGUCCAGGAAGCUAUGAUGGUAUCUGCUCAUCUGAAACUUCAAGAGAAAGAUGAAGGCAGGAGAGAAAUGGUAAAGGAAAUAUUGACAGCUCUCGGUUUGCUGACAUGUGCCAAUACAAGGACUGGGAGUCUUUCUGGAGGCCAGAGGAAGCGUCUUGCCAUUGCUCUGGAACUAGUGAACAACCCUCCUGUCAUGUUUUUUGAUGAACCAACUAGCGGCUUGGAUAGUGCGUCAUGUUUUCAGGUUGUCUCUCUGAUGAAGGCUUUAGCCCAGGGUGGCAGGUCCAUCAUCUGCACGAUUCACCAGCCCAGUGCUAAACUGUUCGAGUUGUUUGAUCAGCUCUAUGUUCUAAGUCAAGGCCAAUGCAUUUACCGUGGAAAGGUAUUAAAUCUAGUCCCUUAUUUGAGAGAUUUGGGGUUGAAUUGUCCAACCUACCACAAUCCAGCAGAUUUUGUUAUGGAAGUGGCAUCUGGUGAAUAUGGGGACCAGAACAGCAGGCUGGUAAGAGCAGUACGGGAGAGGAUAUGUGACACGGACUACAAGAGAGAUGUUGGAGAGAAUGAGUUGAAUCCCUUCCUCUGGCACCGGCCUUCUGAAGAGGAUUCCUCCUCCACAGAAGGCUGCCACAGCUUCUCUGCCAGCUGCUUAACCCAGUUCUGUAUCCUCUUCAAAAGAACUUUUCUCACCAUCAUGAGGGAUUCGGUCCUGACACACUUGCGUAUCACCUCACACAUUGGCAUUGGGCUGCUCAUCGGCUUGCUCUACUUAGGCAUUGGCAAUGAAGCUAAGAAAGUCCUCAGCAACUCCGGCUUCCUCUUUUUUUCCAUGUUGUUUCUUAUGUUUGCUGCGCUCAUGCCUACUGUCCUUACAUUUCCUCUUGAGAUGGGAGUGUUUCUUAGAGAGCAUCUGAACUACUGGUACAGCCUGAAAGCCUACUAUCUCGCCAAAACUAUGGCUGAUGUUCCUUUUCAGAUCAUGUUUCCUGUGGCUUACUGCAGCAUUGUGUACUGGAUGACUUCACAGCCAUCUGAUGCGCUUCGAUUUGUCCUCUUUGCAGCCCUGGGAACCAUGACAUCCCUGGUGGCUCAGUCACUGGGUCUUCUCAUAGGUGCAGCCUCUACAUCCCUCCAGGUGGCCACUUUUGUGGGCCCAGUUACUGCUAUCCCAGUGCUUCUGUUCUCUGGGUUUUUUGUCAGCUUUGAUACCAUCCCAACAUACCUCCAGUGGAUGUCCUACAUUUCCUAUGUCAGAUAUGGGUUCGAAGGAGUUAUUCUCUCCAUCUAUGGACUGGAUCGAGAAGAUCUGCACUGCGACAAGGAUGACACUUGCCAUUUUCAAAAGUCAGAGGCCAUUCUGAGAGAGCUGGAUGUAGAAAAUGCCAAACUUUACCUGGACUUCAUUGUUCUUGGAAUUUUCUUCUUCUCUCUGCGCCUAAUUGCCUAUUUUGUUCUCAGAUACAAAAUCCGAGCAGAGAGGUAAAGGAAAAACAGCUGAAACGAUGCAGUAGGGAGAUCUUUAGACAUGCAAUAGAGGGCACUUGACAUUGUCUCCCUGUGGCAAGGCCGGUCUCCAGUGCCCAGCUAGAUGCUGUUACGACCUAGCCCAUAGAGAACCACAAUGGGAUAGUGGACAUAUAGUGUUAAGCCAAUCAGUCCAGCUGGGUUGGGUUGUGUCUUCAUUACACUUUCUAGCUUUAACUAGGAAGAAGAAAUAGAAGGGAAUUUUACACCACAGAAUAUCAAUACCGAGGCAUUGUAACCGUAAUAAAAAAAACAAACAAACCUGGCUGCAGGAACUUUCCUUAUAAAAAACAAUUUCAUGAUAGUCACUAGGGUAUUAGUCCUGGUAGCCAGAAUAGUAUAGAAUCAUCUAUAGUUGACCAGGUAAUGAGAUGCAAAAUGAGGAAUGCAAAGAAAAUAGGAUUCUCUCAUCUUUUUAAAUUC